AUGCAAACAGGCAGGGGCUCCGGCCAAUGGGCGCUCGAGAAACCCUCCAGCCAGUCAGGCAGCCGGUUUGGAGGGCGAGGGCCAAUCACGCCCGUACCUGAGCGGCAGCUUUGCGGGACUUCACUUUCGGCGGCAGCAGCGCGCCGGCGGACAAAGGCAGCUGCGGGCGCGGCGCGCGUGUCCACAGGCAGGGGAGCCCACGCCGACGCCGCCGGCGGAGCUUCGCGCCCGAGGCGCUGGGGGAGGCUCCGGCGAGGCGGCACUGCCGCAGAGGGAGGCAGCGCGGAGCUCUCGCGCCCUUCUCCCGAGCCGGUGGGCAGCGCGCUCGGCCGAAAACGAGGAGGGAGCCCAAGGACCCUUUGGCGGCGGCUCGAGGGGGGCAAAGGCGAGAGGGCUCCGCGGACGCCUGCCUGCCCGCCGGGCGCCCGACAGGGACCGGACCCGGAGCGCUCUGGCUGCGCGCAGAGGGGAGCCGAGGCGAGCGUCCGCGCGCGCCUCUCCCGCCCCGCCAUGCGCUCGGCGCUGCAGCUGCGGCGGCGGCUGCUGCUGCUGCUGCUGCUGCUCGGCGCGCUCUCCUGCGGCGGAGUCGACUCCACUACUCCAAGCAGUACCGUAACUGCCCCGCCGGCCGCCGGAACGGCAGCGUUAAUCACUGUAUCCUCAGGAGUACCCACGCCUUCACCCUCUGGGACUUCUGGCCCCCUGGCAACUCCGAGUGCCGCAACGCUUCGCCCUCGUUCUGACGCUUCCCCCUCAACACCUGCAAAAAAGCUCUCCCACAGCACGCUGGGAGCAGUGCACACGACUUCCGGAGGCGCCCCAACAGAUAAAGCCUCUGUCACCUCUAACUCCACAGCCACCAUGACUUCUCCGCAGACAUCGGCCAAUACUAAGAGCCCAUCUCUUGGGGUCGCUACCAAAGAUCCAGUCUUGCCUACCGCCUCCAAAAGCGUUAGAACUUCGGAAAUGAUGGUGACGCUCCCAUCCAAGAAGCCAAAGGAGCCCUCCGUCAUCCCAACAGUCAACAGCUCCAUCGCCCCUACAACGCAUGAAGGCACCACUACAACUCUAGGAGGAGGAGGCAGUGCUGAUAAACCCACCGGAAGUACGGUGUCUGUAAAUGUGGCGACUACUAUCAAGAGCACCGUGACCGCUGGGCCCGCUCCAUCGGAACUAGGGCCUGUGAUGCCACCCAAGACAACAACGCUGGAAACACUGAUAAAACCAGAAGGAACAAAAGCCACGGGGGCCGCAUCAGCUGUAGUUCCACACACCAAAGCCACCACUCCUAAGAGCUCAAUAACAACUCAGGCGCCACGAGACACCCCGAAACCCCAUGAUCCUUCUCCUGAUGGUGGGGUUGGCCACGUUUCGUCCUCCGCUCAGAGCAAGAUCGUUUGUGAGGGCAAGAUGCCACCCAAAGACCAGGCCAUUAUUCUAACCUUGAACACGUCCCAACCGUGCGAAAGUUUGGAGGACAGCCAACUGAAGAAGCCGCUCCUCAGCCUACUGUGCACAGCUGUGAAGGCCAAUUUCAACCAGAGCCGGGACGACUGCACCGUGAAGAUGGCCUCCGUUGCAGAUAAUCCCAAGAAACUGGUUGUCAUCGGCGUGUCUGUGACAACGCACUCCGUGGAUGAAGAGCUCUCCGACGUUUUGGCGGUGAAGAGGGCGGAACUGGAGAAGCUUGGCGUGAGCAACGUGACCUAUGGCGACAAGCCCCUGGACAUUGACGCCGAGGACCGCUUUGGCAUGCCUUUGAUCAUCACCAUCGUCUGCAUGGCGGCUUCCCUGCUUCUCGUGGCCGCCAUCUAUGGCUGCUGCCACCAGCGCCUUUCUCACAGGAAGGACCAGCAACGUCUGACCGAAGAGCUUCAAACGAUGGAGAAUGGUUAUCACGACAACCCGACCCUGGAGGUGAUGGAGACCUCAUCAGAGAUGCAGGAGAAGAAAGUCAACCUGAACGGAGAGCUUGCUGACAGCUGGAUCGUGCCCAUGGACAGCCUCACGAAAGAGGAUGUGGAGGAAGAGGACACACAUUUAUAAUUGCAAAGGAGAGAGAGAGAGAGAGAGAGAAUGAACUUCAUACUAAGCAAAAAAAAAAAUUAAAAAGGGGGGAGAAAAACCUACAGCCACAAGUGCCAACAUCAAGAAGCAUUGCAAUUCUGAGAAGGGUUCAUGGGCCAAAUUUUGGGUUUGUUUGUUUUUAAAUCCCAUUGGCUUUCUAAGCAAAAUUGUAUGUGUAUGUGUGUGUGUGUGUAUAUAUAUAGAUAUAGAUAUAUA